AUGGCGGCCGCCCCCGCCCCGCGCGGAGCCCCCCGGCUGCUGCUGGCCCUGGCGAUCUUCACAUAUGCCUGUGAUGCAUGCAAAACAGUGACAUUCCAUGUUCCCUCCCAACUGGAUGCUGGGAAAUUCGUGGGUAGAGUGAACCUGGAGGAGUGCUUGCAGUCCGCCAAUCGAAUCCACUCCAGUGACACUGAUUUCCGGGUCUUAGAAGACGGAUCCGUCUACACGGCCAGUGCUGUUCUCUUUUCCUCUGUGAAGAGACAUUUCACCAUCUCCCUCUCCAACGCGCAGGAGCACGGAGACAAGAAGAUACAGGUCCUUCUGGAGCAUCAGACACAGGCACUACAGCCAAGUCACCCCGAGGAGAAGGUGCUGAGACGAGCCAAGAGAAGGUGGGCUCCGAUCCCUUGCUCGAUGAUGGAGAACUCACUGGGGCCCUUCCCAAUGUUCCUUCAGCAGAUUGAAUCGGACACAGCCCAGAAGUACCCCGUAUACUAUUCCAUCAGCGGACCCGGCGUGGACAAGGCGCCUCUGAACCUGUUUUACGUGGAGCGGAAUACCGGGAACCUAUUCUGUACGGGGCCCGUGGACCGCGAGCAGUACGACUCCUUUGAGAUAGUGGCCUUUGCAGCAACUCCAGAUGGUUACCACCCAGAAUUCCCGCUUCCGCUGAAAAUCAAAAUUGAGGAUGAAAAUGAUAAUUACCCCAUUUUUACAAAUUCAACGUACAUAUUUACAGUUGCUGAACAUUCCAGAGUUGGCGCCACCGUGGGACAGGUGUGUGCGAUCGACAAUGACGAGCCUGGCUCACUGCACACAAUGCUCAAGUACUCCAUCGUGCAGCAGCUGCCAGUGGCCCCCACGCUGUUUUUCAUGAACCCAACCACAGGCGUGAUCACCACCACCACGUCUCAGCUGGACAGAGAGGUACUGGACAAAUACCAGUUGAAUAUAAAAGUGCAAGACAUGAAUGGCCAACAUUUUGGCUUGCAGACCACUGCCACCUGCGUCAUUCACAUCGAAGAUGUCAACGACCACCUGCCGACCUUCACACGCUCCUCUUACGUGGCAUUCGUGGAAGAAAAUACAGUGGACGUGGAAAUCUUGCGUGUCAGCGUGGAGGAUAAGGAUUUAAUUAACACUGCUAACUGGAGAGCUGUGUAUACCAUUUUAUCGGGCAAUGAAAACGGACAUUUUAAAAUUGUAACAGAUCCCAAAACCAAUGAAGGGGUGCUGUGUGUGGUUAAGCCGCUGAACUAUGAGGAGCGGCAGCAGCUGACCCUGCAAAUCUGCGUGGCUAACGAAGCCCCAUACUACCGAGAAACGACCUCCAGGUCAGCCGUGAGCACGGCCACGGUCACGGUGAACGUGAAGAACCAGGACGAGGGCCCCGAGUGCGUCCCCCCGGUGCAGACGGUGCGGAUUAAAGAGAACGCGCCGGUGAACACGAGGAGCAGCGGCUACAAAGCCUACAACCCGGACACCAAGGGCAGCAGCGGCAUCCGGUACAAGAAAAUAAAUGACCCGAAAGGCUGGAUCACGGUGGAUGAGAACACGGGAUCAAUCACAACGUUCAGGAACUUGGACAGGGAGGCCGAGUCCAUCAGGAACGGGCUCUAUAACGUCACCAUCCUGGCGACGGACGAAGUUGGGAGGACGUGCACCGGGACGCUGGGGAUCGUCCUGGAAGACGUGAAUGACAACGGCCCGGUCAUUCUGAAGAAGGCGGCGGUGAUCUGCAAGCCCACCAUGUCCUCCACGGAGAUCGUGGCCUUCGACCCCGAUGACCCCAUAAACGGCCCGCCCUUCACCUUCAGCGUGGAGGAGGAGUCCGAUCGAGACGCCCGGAGAGCGUGGGCACUGACCAAAAUCAACGAUACGGCAGCACGGCUUUACAACCAGAACGACGCUCCGUUCGGACCGUAUACGGUCCGCGUCAGAGUCACCGACAGGCACGGCCUGUCCAGCGUCACGCCCUUGAACGUCAUCGUGUGUGACUGCAUCACCGAGGACGACUGCUCGCUCCGCGGGCUCCCCAGGACCGGCGCCGGGCAGUUCCGGCUGGGGAAGUGGGCCAUCCUGGCCAUCCUGCUGGGCAUCGCCCUGCUGUUCUGCAUCCUCUCCACCCUCGUCUGCGGGGUCACGGGCACAGCCAGGAAGCCCAAGCCCCUUCCCGACGACGUGACCCAGCAGAACCUCAUCGUGUCCAACACCGAGGCCCCCGGCGAAGACAAAGUGUAUUCCACCAAUGGCUUCACCCACGCCGUGGGUGGUGUGGGGACAGGGGCCUGUGGCACCAUGGGAUCCGGGCUGAUCCACGGAGGGCAGGAGACCAUCGAGAUGGUGAAGGGACACCAGACCUUGGACUCGUGCCGGGGGCAGCAUCACAUGCUGGAGGCCUGCGGGCCGGGCCGCGUGGAGGUGGACACCUGCAGAGGCGCCCACUCCGAGUGGCGCAGCUUCACCCAGCCCCGCCUCGGCGAGAAAGUGCAGCUGUGCGACCAGGACGACGGUCAGGGGCACGCCCAGGACUACGUGCUCCCCUACCGCUACGAGGGCCAGGGCUCCGUGGCCGGCUCCGUGGGCUGCUGCAGCGACCGGCAGGAGGAGGACCGCCUGGACUUCCUGGACCACCUGGAGCCCAAAUUUAGGACACUCGCAGAAGCAUGCGUGAAGAGAUGA